AUGAGCUCCCAGAUUCAUCAGAAUUAUUCCACCGUGGUCGUGGCUGCUGUCAACUGCCUGGUCAACAUGCAUCUGUGGGUCUUCUGCACUCACCUCCCUCUGGGCUUCUGGUUUGACUGCAAGGAUGUGGCUCUGGAGGGUGUGAGCCACUCUUUUCAUGAAUUGGUGAGAAGAAUCUCAAGGGCGCCGAGCAGUGAGGCAGCUGUGCCCUCUUCCAGACGUGCAGAAGCCACUCAAGAUGAGUGGAGUAAAACUCUAGAUGCUAUGGAAGUCGCCAUUCUCGUGGAGAAGAACCUGAACCAGGCCAUUUUGGAUCUGCGUGCCCUGAGUUCUGUCUGUGCAGACCCCCACCUCUGUGACUUUCUAGUUGAAGGCCACUUCCUAGAUGAGAAGGUGAAACUCAUCAAGAAGAUGGGUGACCACCUGACUCACCUCUGCAGGCUGGCUGGUCCCCAGGCUGGGCUGGGCAAAUAG